GCUUUUUAUACUAUCCGAGAAGGAAGAAAGAAAAAAAAAAAAAAAUCUCUUAUCUCCUGCCAAUCUCUCGUUCCUUCAUCUGAUCCCCACCUUGUCGGUUUGCAUACUCUGCAAGCUCUCUCUCUCUCUCGUCAUUUACUUUGAUCUUUUCUUUUCUGUUCUUUGUUGUUUUUACUACUUUCGAUUUAGAUCUUUAAAGAGUCUGUUGAUAUCCCACAUAGUAAUCAAUCAGGGACUUUCUUUGAACUUCAGAAGAUUCGUGAUUCUCGAGAAACUUGCUCUGAUCGCUGAUCACGAAGCGAUCUUUCAUUGUUGAUCUGUAUAGUUAUAGUUCCUGUUUUGGAAACCUUUAUCAGGUGGUGAAAGAGGAAAGAUGGCUUCCUUGCAAGGACCGGUGAUCUGCCCUGCUGUUCGGAGCAAACAAGUUGGUGUUUACACGCUGCCAGUGAAUGGGCCUUUUCCGAUGGCAAGGUUGCAUAGAAGUGAUAUGUGGGGAUAUAGAGGGGUAACCGAUGGAAAGAGUGAGGCGCGUGCUAUUUCACGUCAACUCAAAUUACGAAAGUGCAGGACGACGGUGCACUGUAGUUUCAGUUCAUCAUCAGAUGGGAAUGGAAGCAUGGCUGAGAAUUUCAACGAAAACGAUGAAGAUUAUGUUAAUUCUAGUGUGGUUGAAGCUGUUGAGGUGAGGAGUGGAGCUGAUGGAUUUUCGAUCAAAAUGAGGGAUGGGAGGCAUUUAAGAUGUGUUCAUAACAAUCCUCAAGGUGGUCAUCUGCCAGAUUAUGCACCGCAUCCUGCCAUUGUGUUGAAGAUGGAAGAUGGGACCGGUCUUCUUCUUCCGAUCAUUGUUUUGGAGAUGCCAAGUGUGUUGCUCAUGGCGGCGGUGCGCAAUGUCCACAUUGCUAGACCUACUAUGUAUCAAGUGGUGAAGGACAUGGUUGACAAGAUGGGCUACACGGUUAAGCUUGUCAGAGUUACUAAAAGAGUGCAUGAGGCCUAUUUUGCUCAGUUGUACCUCACAAAGGUGGCUGAUGAAACAGAGUCUGUCAGUUUUGACCUUAGACCGUCUGAUGCCAUCAACAUUGCCGUGAGAUGCAAGGUACCUAUACAAGUGAACAAGUACUUGGCAUACAGUGAUGGGAUGCGAGUGAUUGAAUCUGGGAAGCUAUCAAUGCAAUCCCCAGCUUCAGAUGUCGUAGUAGUUACUGAACUGGACCGGCCAAGCGGUCAGCGUUGUCUCGAUACAGAGGAGUUCAAUAUCGUGCGUGAUUUAAAUGAGGCUAUUAUUCAGGAACGCUACAAGGAUGCUGCUGAGUUGAGAGACAAACUUGGUCAGUUUCGGAUUCAAAGGAACUUGAGGAAAUAUACAUAGCAGUUGUUCCUGGUGAUUUAAAUUGUAAAUAGAAAUUAUUGUUGGAAGCUCUAAACUGGCAAGUGGCAACAUUCACAGGAGCAAUCACUUGUCUCUUCUUCUACCAAUAUGUAUGUAACAAAGACUGUGAAUAUAUGUACAGAUACAGUUAAAUAUGCUGAUGUAAUGCUGUAGGUGUGGUUGGUUUAUGCUUAUCAAUUUAUCAUUGUGCUACUUAUUGUAGAACAAGACUUCCCAACAAUUAACGGGUUUUAUAUUUAAUACA